AUGGCAUCACCAGUGGUACACGGUCUCAAAGACGAUGACCAGAAUUCAACUGUCGCGGAAUGUGAUGCGUGCAUGGCAGGCAUGGAUUUAGUGUACUACAUCAUAACUGAUAAGUAUUGGGUAGAUACAUACAUCAUAAUGGGCAAACAGCUGUGUCAAACACUUCCUCCUGGAAAUUUCCGGAACACUUGCCUAACUUACGUCGAUGUGUAUUUUCCACACGCGUUGAAGGCGAUGGCUCUUGCAAUCCAACCUCACUUCAUUUGUAAGGCAAUUGAAGCUUGCAAUUCAACUAUGAUUCUUGAGGGCAAACCUCGACACCUUGAUAAUGAAACCGUUAAAUCUGCUACGACAGUGAAAUCUCAACUACAAAAUAUUUUAUUGAAAUUAAAAAUGGCAAAUGAGGAAUUCAGUUUGAAUUCUGUAUCAAAAAAAAUUUACACAUUAGUCGAAAAGACUAAUAAUAAGAAUUCUACCGUAGACAAUGAAACAUUAAUCGGUCAAUGUGAUGCCUGCAUUGCCGGAAUAAGCUUAUUCCAUUUCGUUCUCACUGAUCUAUACUGGCGAGCAACAUAUAUAAUCAUAGGCGAACAAAUCUGCCUGUCUAUCCCACCUGGAAGUCUGCAAAAUACAUGUAUGUUUUAUGUGGAUCAUUUCCUUGAUCAAGCCAUCAUUGCAAUGGGGAAUGCAAUUCGACCAGAGGUUUUAUGCCAGGCUUUCCGUGAAUGCAACACUACAAACUCCAGUAAUGCAGGACAUCUAUCUAUGGAUAGUAGUCUCCAUAUUAAAGACUAUGCUUCCACUAUUCAAUCAUGGUUAGUAAAUUCAAAAUACACAGAUGUAUUGGAUUUCAUGAUUAACUUUAUUUGUGAACAAAUUAACCCGAACGCUGAUAAGUGUCGCAGAACCUUAAUCAGACAUUUAAAUAUUAUAAAUCAUCAUGUGUCAUCCCGCCUAGCUGGAAAAAUGUAAGAAAAUGUAAGUUUUAUUUAAUAAGCAGAUAAAUUUGAUGAAUAUAUUUCACUUUAAGUGGUUGUAAUCACUUUUAGUUAACCACUUCAGUGUUUCGCCUGAUAUCCUCUUAAUGGGCGUGUAAUAGUAACAACUGGGUUUUGUGCUUCGAUUGGUUUGACAUCGAGAGUUGAUAGUUUUUUCCCACCAUAAAUCAAAAUCAGCUAAAAGAUCUGUGAAAACAUAAAUGCUGUCGAAAACGCUUAGAUCUUAUCUGGAAACUUCUCAGUACUACUGACUGUAGGCUCAAGAUAGUGCUUUAUCACAGUAGCACUACAAAGAUGCAAGGUUGGAACUCAUUGACUUUGAUCAAGGUAUGGAACAGUAAUCGGGAUUUUCCAAGGACGUAAAGCGUCUUCUCACCUGAAUUAUGUAGUCAGACAUAUUGCAUUUCCAUUAUUUGUUUUAUUCACCAUACUAUGGGUUAUGAAACAUGAGAUAAUAAUAGUAAUAUGCUGUUUGAUGGAGUUAACAGCCAUGUGCGUGACCUCCUUAUAGAUGAUGGAUUCUUCCUGUUAUACGAAACUCAUCAGGACCAUAUAGUAUUAUGAGACUUUUUAGUCAAUUUCUUGUUUAGUUGCUUGUAUCAACUCUUAUUAAGAUUUGCUGAAGAAGCAAUCAUAAACUAAAUACAAAAAUUUGUUCUCUAUAUGACCACAAAACAUCAAGAAUUCUCAGGUGGUGCGUCAGUGGUAGAGCGGUCGCCAACCAUGCACAUGGUCCGGCCGACGCUGAGCCAGAAAUAAUGCUGGUAAAGAGGAAAGGUUGGGCAUGAGGCUAGCAACCCUGUUCUGUAAAAUAAACACUGCUACAGAAACUUCAAGUCACUGGCUUGAAGCCCUAUGUUCCACCGGGGAACGUGAAGGAAAAAAAAGACUCAGGUAUUUGUUUGAUGACUCCACAAUGUCAGACUGGAUAGUAUAUAUCGUUUAUUAUUGAAUUCAAAGACGGAAUUAAUAAUUCAGUGUAUCUUAUAAUUCUUCUCGUAUUUUUUCAGGUAUCCA